CGCGCGGGGUCGCGGCGGCCACUGGGACACAACCGCCUCCUCCGCUCUGAGUUCCUCCACGGUUACCCAGCUCUCUGCCCCUUCUUUCUCCGGUGCUCCAGGGACCAUGGCCGAUCCUCGCGUGAGGCAGAUCAAGAUCAAAACCGGCGUAGUGAAGCGAUUGGUCAAAGAAAAAGUGAUGUAUGAAAAAGAAGCAAAACAACAAGAAGAAAAGAUUGAAAAAAUGAGGGCUGAAGAUGGUGAAAAUUAUGCCAUUAAAAAGCAGGCAGAGAUCUUGCAAGAGUCCCGGAUGAUGAUCCCAGAUUGCCAGCGCAGGUUGGAAGCUGCAUAUACGGAUCUUCUGCAGUUAUUAGAAAGUGAAAAAGAGUUGGAAGAAGCUGAAGAAUAUAAAGAAGCACGUUCAGUACUGGAUUCAGUGAAGUUAGAAGCCUGAAAUUUUUCUGUUUGGGGUUUUUUUGCAUUAAAUCCUGGGAUCCAUUCCACAGUUCAUUAUUUUUGACCACUGCUGUAUGUUCAAGUAGAAUGAGAAUGUGAUUCUUUUUAUGCAGUUGCAUAUAUUUUCUUUGCCUAAUUUAGGGUGUCAAAUAAAUGCGUUCGUCUAAUAAAUUGUUUAUUUCAUACUUUACAGAAUAUUUUUAGUUAACCUUUUAUCAUUAAAUCAUAUAGACAUUUUUGACAGAGAAUUAAAAUCUGUUAAGUUCUAUUUGAAGUCUAGAUAUUUUGCUUUAUAAGCAUCAUUUGUGUAAAAACAGCGUGAGGAUGGUGUCUGACCUCCUCUAACUUCAGAAGAGGGAAGGAGAAUCAAAAUCAACAGCCCAACACUGAUUCCUAUGAAGCGGAAGUCAGACAUGCCUCCUCUCUCCGCCAUCUUUACCAGCCAUCCCUCCACGGCACUCAGCUUCUCUGUUUGCUUCAGUAGUUCAUUGCAAUGGUCUCACAGAACUGACAGACAAUUCUCACAAUUUUGGGGUUUAUGAGGGAAGUAAUGGUUACAGUUCAGGUUCCGGAAUGCUCCAGAUACAGUUCUUCCAUCAGGACAGCCUCUUCUCAGCUGUGCUCGCAAGCACACCUCUCCCUGGCCCUCAGCCUCACCCAAAGGCACUCAGCUUUCUGUAACCAUGGGCGGGGAAGUCCACUGUGCUGUCUUCUGCUGGUCUCUCCUGCCAUCAUUUCUCGCCGUCUCUAGUGUUACAGCUCUCUGUCUUCUUGGUCCAGGAACUUCAGAGCACAGGGACCCAGGGUCCAAAGGACACACUCUCCACUUUCCAUUCCUGGAUGUUCUUCCUUGGUGGUGGUGGGAUCCUCUCUUUCCUGUCUCUGGGAUGGCUCAUUUCAAGCCCAGCAGGAUGCAAAAUUGACUAAUCCCCUUGGUGGGCAACAAUUACCCUAUUUGCACGGUCCCACCCAGUCACUUGGGUGGGAGUUAACAAGAUCUUGGCUAGAACGGCCACAUUAAGUAAUUCAUUGCACCACAAGCAUCAUUUGAGUUUAAAAUAGGAUACUAUUUCUUUAAGAUAAAAAUGCAAAUUUUAAACAGUUUAUUCUGAAUGGGGUACAACUUCCUGAUAAGAAGAGAAGAUACAUCUCUGUGAAUAAGGCCUCACAGAUUUAUCCCUUCACAAUGAAAGUAACAUUUCCGUUAAUAUAAACUAAUUGGAAAUGUUUAAAUCUUUUUUCCAGAAAAACAGAUUUGUAUGAAAACAACAGAUAUUCAAAUGUCAUUCUUAUGAACAAUAAAGAAUUGUAUUUUAGAGGAGUAAUGACUAUAGCCAGUGAUGUGCUGAGAAAUGUUUAACCAGCUCUUUAAAAUGGAGGGGAACCUCUGAUUUGUAGCUUUUGCUGAUUUCUAUGGUAUAAAUACUCCCACCCUGGCCAGUUUCGAGCUACCAAUGUGAUACCACUGAACACAGAGUUGGAAAGCUAUAAGCCAGCUCCAGCUUACCACUGUCUGUAGCCAAGACUUGAUUAUCUUGAUUGACUGGAAAAUUUUGAGUAUUGUUUGUCACAAAGUAUCUUCCCAGUACAGUUGUAAACUUAUCACUUAAUCAUUUUGGGUUUAUUUUCAGAAAUGUGUGACAACUCAUUUAGUUUUCUUCUGUUGCUAGAAAAUGUGUAUCAGCCUUUUAUCACCAGCCUAACAUGAGCAGUGAUCUAAUAGACCAAAAUAGUAUUAGAAGCAUUUAAAUUUUAAAACAUGCAAGUGAAAAAAAAGAAUACUUAAAUUUUUGCUGCUAUAAACUACUUACAGUAAUACUAUAUGGUUGGUCUGGAUCCCUGGUGGCGCAGUGAUGAAGUGCUCGCUAGUGGAAAGGUCGGCAGUUCAAACCUACCAGCUGCUCUGUAGGAGAAAGAUGUGUCAGUGUGCUUCCAUAAAGAUUACAGCCUUGGAAACCCUAUGAGGCAGUUCUACUGUGUCACUGUGAGUCGGAAUCGACACAACGGCAAUUGGGAGUUUGUUUGUUUUUAUGGUUGGUCUAAUUUUGGAAGUUAUAAAUGAUCACUAGAAGCCAUAACAUGUAUUUAUUGCAUCUGUCAAAAAAAAAUUAGAAAAAGGAAAAAUAAUACUGUUCUUUUCUAACGUUAUUUCUAAAGACUAUUCUGGUAUUACAAAGCACAGAAUGUAUUUAUAAAUCCUUCAUACAUGCAGAAAAUUACUUUAUCAGAAUAACAUACAUUCAAUUCAUUUUUAAAUUGGAAUGUCAUCUCAAAAUAUACUACAUGCCAUUUUAAAAAUAUUUGAGGCAGUGAGAAGAAGAGUUGGGGAAAUAAAAACUAAGUAUAACUACAGUAUAAAAUUUGAUACUAAGGUGUUGAGAUUUAGAGAUUUGAGUACCAGGAGAAUUGAAAUUCUUCCAAUUAUUUUGAGGUUGGUAUCAAGCACCAGAACAGCUCAGCUUUUUCUUUUUUGUAUAUUUAAUUUUCCAAAUAGGAUUUCAUUUAAAGAAAGUAUUUUACUAUUAAAAAAAAAACACUAUCUCAUUUCAACCUCUGCCUAAUACAUAAAUAAGUAUUAUAUCUGUGGUCAUGGCAGGUGGUUUCCUGAUCAAUUAAACUUGAAGACAACAGAACAUCAAAAAAUAAAUAUUGAUCCCUCCAUAGAAAAGUACUACUGAAGUGGGAGUUUUACAGCCAAGAUCCAAUUCUUGGAUGCUGAAAAAUUAUUUUCUUCUUAAAAAGCCUGUGAAAGAAGAAAUCAACAACAAGGUAAAUAAAAAAGAAAUAUAUCUUUAGAGAAUUCCUAUCCCAACUGUAGAUUUUAUACUGGAUCUCUAGAUAUCGAUGAGAGGUAGCAAGAAGCUUAACAUUCCGUGAAGACUUUAUUUCUGGGAAUUUUUGACAUAUUCCACUUUCAUUUUUCUAGCCAUCAAGAAGCACAUUAACAGCUGUUGUAAUCAAAUUCCGCAUUAACUUAUUUUUACACUUUUAUUUAAAACCUUACGUCUGUGCAACAAUAGGUAAAAAUUCCCAAAAGUAAUAAUCUUUUUCUCCUUGUACCAAAACCUGACCCCUAAACAACAUAUGUAGCAGUUGCUCG